UUACUGCUUCUGUGGUGACAGGUUGCCCAAGCUUCUUACCGCCAUCUUCCCAUUACCAAGGUUAAUUCCCCACAACCUCUGGGCUGUAGCUUGUUCCUGUCCCCAAGGCUCUGAAGAACUGCACUGCUAUCCUAGUUUUCAUCUCAGAGCACUUCUUGGUUAUUGUCAUUAUAAGCCUGCCAGCUCUGACUGCAUCAUCUGGGCAAACCAAAAGCAUGCAAGACGACACUUCAGAAGAACCUACUUCAAUAUCUCAACUUUUACGAGAAAGCUAUUUAGCUGAAACCAGAACACAUCAGAAUUAUGAAGAACCAAGCAAGUAUGAGCCUUCCUCAGAUCACUUCUAUUAUACCAAUGUGACAGAAAGCUCUGCAGAUGUAGGGAGCAGUGACGACUUUCUGGAUCUUUCUGCAUUUUUGAGUGAAGAAGAGCUAGACAAAAGUGUAAACUUAGCAAGAGAAGCAAUAGAUCAAACACCACGUGAAACCAAGCAACAAGAAAAAAAAAUACGUGUGAAACAACCUUCAAAAUCCACUUCAAACAAACAAGUACCAAAACCUGUAGUCUCACAAGCUUCUUCAGACAAAGGUCAUACACAGAGCUUCCGUAGAGAAAAUGUCAUCCGAGGUUCAAAAAGUUCUAAGGAGAGUACUCAAGAUGCUAAAAAGACAUCAAAAAACAGCCCCUAUGGUUGUGAAGCUGAAGCUAAAAAAGAAUUUUUGAACAAAGCUGCAGAUUUUAUUGAGGAAUUGUCUUCACUCUUUAAAUCACAGAGCUCAAAGAGGAUCAGACCAAAAGCUCUGAAAGAUCACAGAAAAAAGUAUGAGGCUCAGCUUCGUGAAAAUCAGCCAAACAAUUCUACUUACCCGUAUAUUUCAGAGAGCAGGGAAAGAGCUCAAGUUUCAAUUCCAGAGGCAGAUUUAAAUGAACCAGAAAGCCCAGUUCAAGAGGGAAUACAACAAACUGAACAGUCAUCUGAUCAAGAAGAAAUUAUUGAAGGAGAAGAAGAACAACCACCACCAUCACCACCACCAUCACCACCAUCACCACCACCAUCACCACCAUCACCACCACCACCACCACCACUACCACAUGAGGUUAUGGCAGAUAUUCCUGCUGAGUCUUUUGAAUAUGAAGAAUUCAAAGGGAUGCCUCCAGUAUUCAUACAACGGCUAAAGAGUAGAGAAGUUCUAGCAGGAAGCAAAGUUCAGUUAGACUGCAUCGUAGAAGGAAAUCCAGCACCAGACGUCAGGUGGUAUUGUGAAGGAAAGGAGCUUGAAAACUCACCAGAUAUUCAAAUAAUCACGUCUGGACAGAAGCACUCCUUGGUUAUUGCAGAGGCCUUUGAAGAAGACACAGGACGCUAUUCCUGCUUUGCUUCUAACUUGUACGGUUCAGACUCAACCUCUGCUGAGAUUUACAUUGAAGGUGUUUCGUCAUCAGACUCUGAGGGUGAGGCACAAACAGAAGACAUGCCCCAGUUGCAGAGAAAAACAGAACCAUCUGUGACUACAUUACCUCCUUCUUCUCCUGCAUUUAUUCACCAAGAAGUGCACCAGUCAACACCCAUACCAGUUCAGGUUGUAUCACCCUUACCAGAACAACAGAAUCAAAGUCCCACUAACUAUCUACAAGGGUUUGAUGGGAGACCACUUAUUGCUGCUCCGGUUUUCACAAAGAUGCUUCAGGAUUUAACAGCUUCAGAAGGACAACUGGUUGUGUUAGAAAGCAGAGUUAAAGGAGCACCUUCCCCAAAAGUUGAAUGGUACAGAGAAGGAACAUUAAUUGAAGAUUCUCCAGAUUUUCGAAUUUUGCAGAAAAAGCCGAGAUCAGCAGCAGAACCAGAGGAAAUCUGUACUUUGGUGAUAGCUGAGGUUUUCCCUGAAGAUUCUGGAACUUUUACCUGCACCGCAAGCAACAAAUAUGGCACAGUAUCUAGUAUUGCACGUCUAACUGUGAAAGGUGCUGAUGAGAUUAACAGUAACGCUCCAAAAGCUCUAAGUACGGUAACUGUUGAGGCCUCUCACCAUCAACUCCCCCCUAUUCUUCCACCUUCUAAACCACAGAAUAUUCCUGCCCCAGAAAUUCCAUCCUCCCCAAAACCUAAACUGGAAGGAGUUCUUGUAAACCACAAUGAGCCAAGAUCAAGCUCUAAAGCAGGGCUACGUGUACACUUUCAGUUACCGGAGGAUGACAAAGGAAGCGAAGCCUCGUCCGAGGAAGGAAUAACAAGUGUAUUGCAGUUACGCUCAGUCUUUGAUAAAGAAAUGGUGAAUGGGCAACCAUUAGGAAUGCCUACUCCAACAUCACCAACAAAGGAACCGCCACCAGUGUCGGUUAAGCCAAAACUAGAUCGUGGCCGGUUGAAACAACUCCACAACCAGGUACUACUAGAACAACAGCAAGACGUCUCCAUGUUACAGCAACCACAGUAUCCAUCUCAGUUCAGAUCCUCAGCAUCUGAGAAUGUGUUCACCAUGAAUGCUCUGAACUCUUCUUCUUCCUCCUCUAUGCAGCAGUCUUCUCCUUCUGCCAUACAGCACUCAAAGGGCUCACACCCGCAAGCAUUUACUUAUGCCCGGCCAAAAGAGUUUAUUGCUGCUCAGACCAUUUCACCGUCCACUGAAAGACUAUAUUCUCCGACAGACUUCCCAGUGCCUUUGCCGAAUACUGCUGCUAAUGUACCUCAGAGGCAACUGAAUGAAAAUCACUUGGAGACUUUUUCACCUGCCUUAACAUCACCCUUUGAACUGCCUCCACUCAGAUCAUUGCAGUCCCCUACAAGUGCACCUGGAUAUAGGUCUCCUCCUCCACUAUCACCACCUCUUCCUUUUUUCUCUAGUCAAGCACAGUCACAGUCACGCAUUAUGUCUCCAACACCUACUUCCCCCAGUGGCUCCAUUUCAAGUCCGAUUCAGAACCCAGCAGCUUUUCUCAGCUCUGUUCUACCCUCACUGCCUUCACCAACUCCCACCAAUGCUAUGGGCCUGCCUAAAAGUGCACCUGCUGUGUCCCCUCACAGCAUCUUGAAGAAGACUCAGAGGUUCUCUCAGUUUCUGUCAGAAGAAGACAUCCGUGACAGUAAGGAUGCUGUCAUUCAUGAUCUAGAAAGAAAACUAAAAUUCAGGGAUGAGGUCAGCCUUCCUAAUGGUCAGCAGAAGGUGAUUACUGAAGAUACAAUGGCUCGUAGAUAUCUUGGACCAAAUUAUCCCUCCUCAGUUUUUAAUGCUGGUGAAGCACAGAAUAAUCCUUAUCCAUCUCAGGAUCUUAAGUAUGAGAUAGAGUCAACCCGCAACACACUUGGUAAACAGCAGGAGUACAAAGUUUCUAGUUUUGAGCAGAGACUAAUGAGUGAAAUUGAGUUCCGCUUGGAGCGUACACCAGUCGAAGAGUCAGAUGAUGAGAUCCAGCAUGAUGACAUCCCUAAAGGGAAGUGCAUAGCACCGAUCUUUGACAAAAGGCUCAAACACUUCCGGGUUACAGAGGGAACACCCAUCACCUUCACUUGUAAAGUUGUGGGGAUCCCAGUGCCUAAGGUUUAUUGGUUUAAAGAUGGCAAGCAAAUUUCAAAGAAAAAUCCACAUUGUGUGAUGAAGAGAGAAGGAGAUGGAACGUGUUCUUUGAGUAUCGAAGCAUGUACUAAUGAUGAUGAUGGAAAUUACACCAUUAUGGCAGCCAAUCCGCAAGGGAGAAUCAGCUGUUCAGGCCAUUUAAUGGUGCAAUCUGCCCCUCUUCGGAGUCGACUAGCACCUGCUGUCCAGUCACAUAGAGUCAGAACUCGUCCCACACAGGGUGAAGAAUUAGAAACUGUGCAGGAACGUUUCUUCAGACCACAUUUUCUGCAAGCACCUGGUGACAUGGUAGCUAAUGAAGGUCGACUGUGCAGAUUGGACUGCAAGGUGAGUGGGUUACCAACUCCUGACCUGAUGUGGCUUCUGAAUGGAAAACCUCUUUUACCAGGUGCCAACCAUAAAAUGCUUGUUCGUGAAAAUGGUGUCCACUCUCUUCUGAUAGAUCCACUUACCCAAAAUGAUGCUGGGACUUACACAUGCAUUGCAACCAACAAGGCGGGACAGAGUUCUUUCAAUCUAGAGUUGACUGUUGCUGCCAAAGAAGUCAAAAAGGCUCCAAUAUUUCUGGAGAAACUACAAAACACAGGGAUACCAGAAGGUCAUGCUGUCAGAUUAGAAUGUCGAGUGGUUGGAAUGCCACCUCCUGUCAUCUACUGGAAAAAGGAUAAUGACACCAUCUCUGCUCACAGGGAAAGAGUCAGCUUAUUUCAGGAUGCCACAGGCUACGUGUGCCUUAUGAUUCAGCCAACUAGAAAGGAAGAUGCUGGCUGGUACACUGUGUCAGCUAAAAAUGAAGCUGGAAUAGUGUCAUGCACUGCAAGACUUGACAUAUAUGCGCAAUGGCAUCAGCAGAUUCCACAGCCAGUGAAGAAGGUUCGACCCAGUGGUAGCAGAUAUGCAGCACUCACUGGUCAAGGACUGGAUAUCUUAUCUGCUUUCCCAUCAGCUGAUAAUCCAACAGUACAUACUUCCUUUGAUGUGGUUGAAAGUGAAGAACUCUGAAUUGUUUUUUUCUUUUCUUUUUUUGCAAUUAAACUAAUCAAUGAACAGAACUGUGGAAAAUGAGAGGCACAGCAAAGAGAACCUAGGUUUGCAAAUAACCUGUUUUUAAUCACUGUGCUGCCGCAAAUGUUGUAAAUUAUGUUGGAUGACCUGCAAGUUUAGUAUUUACUACACAGAAUGAUAAUGUAGAAUGCAGUGCUACCUUUUCAGUAUCAUGGUUUUCUCCUUGAAUAAAAAUUUUCACAGCUUUAUUCAACUAAAAUAUCUCACUGUCGCUUAGUGAAGGCCACUGUUCCAUGAUAUUGACUAUAGAAUGUCUGUUCUAGUUCCAUAAGUGUUACUCCUCUGGUGUGUUGAAAACUUUUAGAUAAGAGUAAAUGUGCAUUAUUCCCAUUUAAAUUAUGGUGUGAGUGAAUUUGAGGACUUUGUGGUUGUAUGAAGACUAUGUAAGUCAACUGUAAGCAAAUAUCACUAAAACACUGUUUAAUAGUAUAUUGAGACAGACUGUACUACAAAACAUGUAACAUAUUAAAAACUUGCAUCCUUUGCACUUUAAUGAAACACUUUCACAGUUUUGGCUCCUUCCAUUUUACUUGUGACAUGGCAUUUAUUAUGAAUGUUUGUAUGCAAUGGCAGUUUGUCACUUGUUUUAUGACAGUGGAGUAUUUUGUGAAUAUAUUACUUUUCCUGAAAAUAUUAGAUAUCAUGAAUAUGGAAUUUUUUCAAUUUUCUAAUUUUGAAAGCUAUGGAUUGAUUGGUUUUGUUUCAGCUGACAACCCAUGAGCUGCAAAUUUGGAAAUAUGAUAUAGUUUCAGUAUGCACUUAGUAUCUGAAGGAAAACUUGACAUCACCUUUUCAAGUACACUCAAAUGCAACAAAAGGGUUACAAAGAGUAAAACUGUAAAAAGUUUUUUAUGUUAGGGGUAAGCAGACCACCCUUCUUUUCUACAUGCAUUCCCAGCUAAAUUUUACAAUUACCUACUGGGCCGCUGCAACAGAGAAAAGGGAUAUAUGUGGGUUUUGGUAAACUCCAAGUAUUUUCCUUUUGCCGUUGUUCAGAAAUAAAUAAAAUGUCUUCUCUGAAAAAAUGUUAAAACUAUGUGAUUCAUACACUUGCAUGCUGUAAACCAUGUCCUUGUUACAUUACUUUCAGUUAAAUGUUCAGUAAGUGACAAUAUUGUUUUCCAUUUCAAGUAUAUAAUUUUCCCAAUGGACAGUCAAUUGCUAGUUGUUUCCCUUCGUUUCCUUGUUUCCUUCCUUUCUCUUUCUCUCUUCCCUUAUUUUUUCAGCCUGUCCCAUAGCUGGGAUUCACUUAACAUAAAACAUAAGGCACUUUUUGCAUAAUAGUGUACCAUUUUAACUAUUUCUUCUAGCUAUUUGGAGAAGAAAAAUAAUCCUGUCAAUCUCAAAACUUGCCUGGUAUGGACCAGGUCAUUAGCAACUGGCCAUGUUGCAUGCAUCACACCAUUAAACAGAUAAGCAGCAGUGUAAAACCUACUAUAGUAAAUGUACAGACAUUAGGGAUUCAACCCAAAGCAUGAGCUAUUUCACUUACAUCGCUGUGAUAUUUUAUUAAUCAUGUAAACGUUUACACUGGAAAGAUACACACACUCUUCCUGAUUACCUUCUGCCUCACCAGUUUUCAUAUGUUUUUUCUGAUUUUAAUGAUGUAGACAGUACAUAUGCAUAUGAGCUGUAUGAUAAAAUGCUCCCCUAUAUCUAUAUCACACUAAUGCAAUACAUAAUCUUUACAUGCAGGCACAGAAGCGCAUAACAGGAACUAUUUAAUGUAUAUGCAUAGUGCCAAACAGACCCAUUCUGGAGAUGUUCUAGACACCAAAAGGAAAAAAAAGACACUGUGAUUAAACUAGUAUAUAUAUUUUUUGUUACAGUGUAAAAUAUUUCUGACUAUCAAUAAGCAAUCUCAAGUUAAAUAUAACUCUUGCUUCUUUGUUGUUUGAGGGAUAACCUAUACAGUAAGAAAUGAGAAAAUGUAAUAUGAAGGACAGAAAGAAAGAAAAAAAUAAGGCUUAUGAGUAAGUGAGCUGGCAGCAGAGAGAAAGACGGAAAAUUAAAUCACAGAUAGUAUGGGCAGUGGUACAGAGAAAAAGCAGGAAGACGACUAAAAGAAAAGAAUGUUCUCAUUUUCAAGCACCCAGUAAAUGGGACAAUAGCAAAAGUUACUGUACAAAUACUGAUAAACAUGUACAACAUUGCCUUCUGACUGUUUGAAAGUCAAAAUUUCAGAACAAAGCUAUAAGUAUACACAACAGCUCAAGUGCUACAUAUGCUCUUAAGUAAUUACAGAUUAUACUGAAUGAUAAACUUUACUCCAAAGAGCCCUGUGUGACACCAGGCUGCUUGUGGUUAUUGGUGCAAGUGAGAGGACUUAAUUCUACAAAGCAUUCUGAAUGUGUUAUAAUGUUGAAGGAAGGAAGCACACAUAGCCAAAGAUUUUGAAGUUGCAAAUCUGUAAAUCAUAUACAGUGCCAACACAGACAGGAAACAUACUGGAAUUCCAACAUUUACUUUAUAAAUGCAUCUGCCACUUUUUUAUAUAUCAUGUCAGCUAAUGGCAGUUGUGUUAAGGCAUUGUAGACGAAGUAUAAAUCCUUGAAGGAGAAUGGUAUGGAUAUUUUAAAAGGCAUGAAGAAAUGUGGUUGCAAGAAAAGCAAGAAUUUAGCUUGUUACCUUAUUAGGUUUAUUUAUUUAUUUAUUUAACAUUUGUUAACCAGGGAUGUCCGACUUGGACCAAAGCCAAUUUUCAACAAAGCGGAGGCCCAGGAAGAAAUGCUCUAGAUGCAUAUCAUUGUAAUGUGAGAGGAAACCAGAGCACCUGGAGGAAACCCACAUAAAUGCAGGGAGGACAUGCAGACUCAGCACAGAAGGCACCCCAGCUGAGAAACAAACCAGAGAAUGUCUUGCUGUGAGGCUAGAAUGCUGCUGCUGCUGCAUCACUGCACCACCAUAGGUUAAUCUGUGUUCUCUGAGUUCCUAUCUCACAUGAGGUACUUCACCUUUGUCUAUGUGUUGUGUGUUCAGGCUCUUCUGCAGUUAUUUAGAACAUACCCUUAUGUAGCUUUGUUUUCUUUCUAAUGAAUAAUAUUAAUAAUAAUAAUUCCAUCCCAUAUAUGUAUUGCUUCAGUCGAACAGCUAGUUAAACAGUCAACAUGGUAUAUUUAAUAGAUGACAUCCAUGCCCCUGUUGAAGUAUUUACUUUUCUUAAAUCUGUCUGCGUGUUUCAUAAAUGUGCAGCUUAUAUAUCUAUACUAAUAUGAUGAGAAAUUACAUGGAUGUCUACUGAGUUAUGCAUUAGAGAAAUAACCAUAAUUGUAAACAGUGUAUUUCUGAAGUUUCCUUAUUAGUACAAUUAGCAUCCCAUCCAAAAAGCUUCUGUUGGCUAAGCUAUGUUAUGUAAUUACUAGUGUAGCUGAAAGGUUUUGUUUGAAAAGAUUAAUAUACUUAGAGAAACCUCUGGUACCUGAUACAUCAGUGCCAAAGCCAGACUCCACAGCAGAGCAAUAUUUUAGGCAACUGGUUGAUGAGUAAUCUAGUCCAGUAACCAAAAUGUAAAUAAAAUAAAUAAAUAAAUAAAUAAUACACCUAAACAAAGCAUACAGAAUUUUUCAUUGCUAUCUCCCUGGCCAGUAGGCACAUCACCUUGCUUCACUCUUUUCUCUAAGCAUUUAAAGCUGAAAGGUUUGUUUUAUCAACAUAAACAAAGCCAAAUGUAUACCAAACUUAGAAGGACCAGUGGUAGUACACAGAAUCUUUCAGAGGUCUGCUGGGUUAUUUCCUGCAUGCCAUUUUAAGGCUGUUCAAAUGGUUGUUAACCUAUCAGCAUAUCAAAAUAGUUGUUAUAUGAUCUGUAGCUAUUGUCUGAGGAUACAAUUGCCUCCACCCAUUGUGGAAUCAGUCAGAAAUGUUGGUUCUUUCUGUAGGACCUCCUCAUUUAUUUAUGUUUGCUAUACCUUUGCAGAUUUCACCGGUAUUCUUCUGAUUUUGUUUUGUGUGGCCUACCAUUUUGUCUGAAGAUACCACAGUGACUGAAUCUGGUUUCAUUACCUGUACUAACCCAUUCAAAAAAUAUGUCAGUGCUGUUUCAACAAACUGUUUCUUUUAUCUGGAGUAAUAUAAAUAUUCAUUUAGUUUUUUUUUUUCAUUAUAAUUUUCACUGGUCUGAGUCAGACAGGUUGCCAUUUUCAGUGCCUUCUUCAGUUUAACAGGUUAGUCAAAUAGUUCUUAUGCAACCUCAUACAAAAUACUGUUACACAAUAAAUUUAGACUAACAGAUACAGUAGUCCCCUUAUGACACACACACACACACACACACACACACACACACACACACACACACACACACACACACACACACACACACACACACUUGGGUAGUAGAUUUCUGUCAUUAUUUACCUAAAAAUUGUCUAUAUAAAGACACUUAGUUUGGGGUGACUUUCUUUGUCUCAUGCUCAGUUAUAGCACUGCAGCUUUUUCCAGUUGUAUUUGAUGACAAGAAAUUGUGACCGAGACAGAACAGAAAAAAAAAGCAUUAAAGGCACAUUCCUAGGAAAGAUGGCUUAGAUACUUGUUCAGAUCUGAACAGAUCUCAUGGCUACACAUUUGAUAUUGUGAAGGAAUUAGGUUUUAAUACCCCCACAUGAAGGAGAUGAUACACUGACAGUGUAGUAUCCCAGGUAGGAGCUGUGUCAGACUACAGGUGCAAAUCUCAUUCAAAUGAAGGAAAAGAAUGAACUUCUGCAGCCAUGCAAAUAGUGUGGAAUAUGAAAACAGCAGUAUUAUGCUAAAUUUCAUUACAUGCAUAAUACCAGAUCAAAUGUGUUACUUGGAAAAUAUCUGUGAUGAUGCUACAUUAAAUCUCCCCAUACUAAAAUAAAAUAAAUAGUUCAGUAAUGAUAGGAAGUUACUGAGCUGCUUAAAAGAAAACUUCCGGAUGCCUGUAUCCAGCAACCAAAUGAAAGGGUUAACAACCUUGUUGAAAAAAAUAUGCUAUAACUUAAGCUUUGUUUGACAGAACAUUUUCUAACACACAUUUGAAGUAAAUAUUUAGUUUGCUGCAAAGGUUUUAAGUAAGAAGUAAUUUAUUUUAGGUAAGAGUUGUAGUUGGAUCAUGCACGCCAUGUUUAAUGUAUAUCAUAGCUAUAUUCAGCAUCACGUACGCCACGUUUACUGCACAUCAUAGCUAUAUUCAGCAUCACGUACACCACAUUUAAUGUAUAUCAUAGCUAUAUUCAGCAUCACGCACACCACGUUUAAUGUAUAUCAUGGCUAUAUUCAGCAUCACACACGCCACGUUUAAUGUAUAUCAUAGCUACAUUCAGCAUCACGCAUGCCACGUUUAAUGUAUAUCAUAGCUAUAUUCAGCAUCACGCAUGCCACGUUGAAUGUAUAUCAUAGCUAUAUUCAGCAUCACGCAUGCCAUAUUUAAUGUAUAUCACAGCUAUAUUCAGCAUCACACGCACCACGUUUAAUGUAUAUCAUAGCUAUAUUCAGCAUGUAGCAACAUAAUAUUUAUUAGCUGCAUUCAGUACUGUACUAUUUUACUGCAUAAAACUUACACACGAGUGCACCUGCACUCAACAUAAGUUUUCAGCUACAUGGUUUCUUGCACUUUUAAAUAUGUGUCACUGCAGAUUAGAGCAGUUGCCAUUUAGCUCUGCAUGUACUUUUUGUCAUUCUGUUUUUCCUCAACUUACUGGUUCUGGGCUCAUGCGCUUCAUAUGUCUUUCCUUUAUUUUGAAAUGCACUGAUUUUCCUUCUGAUUUAAUAUUGUUUCUGACUGCUGUUCAAAAACCUUCUUUCAUGGUAAUUGUUUUUACCAGAAAAUGAGGCUAAUAUUGGAUGUUUCAUCUUCUAUGUAAUAUUACCGGACACCUCAAGGUGGCAGAAGACAACCAGAUCAUGUUGAUAACAGUUUCAGUGGGAGGAAUACUAGAAACCAUAGAUGGUAGGGCUUGUAUUUUAAGUGCUGUCAUAGUGUGCAUUUAAUAAAAGCAAUGUCUUUUGGUGAUUUUCCCUAAACAGUUCAAUCAAGAACUAUAGCAGAACAGAUCUUUCAAAAUUAAAUUAAUUCAAGAUAAUUGUAGUUAUUAACUACUAUUGCAGCUCUGCCAUUAACUUUUCUUACUCAUAACACUUUAUUUUUGUUAGAGACCUACCUUGACAAUUUAAUAAAUAUCACUUGUUUGAGGUGAAUAUAAAAAUACAUUUUAGAAAACAGCUAUGCAUUAUCAGUGUUUUUUGUGUAAAAAAAUGAUGAAAUCUGUGUUUUUCAUAAUUGGGUAGAAAAACAUUUCCUAUGACAAUAUCCAUUUCUUUAUUCUUAAGACAGCUCAUACCCAUGGCAUGCACUCAUUUAUCAGCUGACACUGCCUAUUGAAAUAAACCCACUGUUGAAAAUGAUACUUGUGGUGUUAAAAUAAGCAUUAUUGUAUAUUAAUAAACAGCAAUAAUUUUAGAGAAAGUUGCAAUUUCAAAAUCUGGUAACGUAAGCACAGCUAAACGUACGGUCAGUGGUGAGAUGUCUGAGACAACACUGGUAAAAAAAAAAAAUAUAGAGGAGAAAGCA